AUGGCGGAAUAUGAAGCUUGUAUUCUCGGACUCAGGAUGGCCAUAGACAUGAACAUCAAAGAACUCUUGGUGAUAGGAGAUUCCGACUUGUUGGUUCAUCAAGGGCAAGGAGAAUGGACCACUAAGAACGUCAAGAUCCUUCCUUAUUUGCAUUACAUAAAGGAGUUGAGUAGGAGGUUCACAAGGAUUGAGUUCAAGCAUGUCCCUCGAGCUCAAAAUAAGUUUGUCGAUGCUUUGGCAAUAUUGUCCUCAAUGAUUCAGCAUCCAGACAAAAAUUACAUCGACCCUAUCGAUGUAGAGAUACAUGAUCAGCAUGCAUACUAUUUUCAUGUAGAUGAGGAAUUGGAUGGAAAACCUUGGUACUAUGACAUCAGAAGGUUGAUAGAAGCACAAGAAUAUCCUGAAAAUGCUACGAGAAAGCAAAAACGGACUUUGAGGAGGAUGCCCAAUCAUUUCUUCCUUAACGGAGAAAUCCUAUAUCGAAGAACUCCAGAUUUAGGAUUGCUGAGGUGUGUCGACGCCACAGAAGCGACAAGGCUUUUGGAAGAAAUACAUGUAGGAACAUGUGGACCCCACAUGAAUGGGUUCACUCUAGAAAAGAAGAUUCUAAGAGCUGGAUAUUUUUGGAUGACCAUGGAGAGAGAUAGCAUCUGGUAUGUGCAAAAGUGUCAUCAGUGUCAAGUGCAUGGGUUCCCCUUGGCCAUUUUCUGCUUGGGGCAUGGACGUUAUCGGACCCAUAGAGCCUCCCGCAUCAAGUGGACAUCGUUUCAUUCUGGUGGCUUUCGAUUAUUUCACAAAAUGGGUCGAAGCUUUGACAUACAAAGCAUUUACGAGCCACAGAUGAAUGGAGCAAUUGAGGCUGCAAAUAAGAAUAUCAAGAAGAUUUUAAGGAGGAUAGUAGACAGUCAUAGACAAUGGCAUGAGAAGCUACCAUAUGCUCUACUCGGUUAUCGUACCACAAUCAGAACAUCAACUGGGGAAACUCAUUAUAUGUUAGUUUAUGGUUCGGAGGCAAUAAUACCUGCCGAGGUGGAAAUACCGUCUUUAAGAAUUAUCCAAGAGGUUGGUCUGGACAAUGCAGAAUGGAUAGGUAGCAGACAUGAGCAAUUGAUGCUCAUCGAUGAAAAGAGGAUGAACGCGGUUUGUCAUCGCCAACUCUACCAGAACAGAAUGACAAAAGCAUUCAACAAGAAAGUCAAACCUCGACAGUUCACACCGAGGCAGUUAGUAUUGAAGAAGAUCUUUCCUCACCAAGGAGAAGCCAAAGGGAAUUGCACCAAAUUGGCAAGGACCCUACAUGGUUCAUAG